GAUACAUUUUGCCACCCUCAUUAUUGCUUAUUCAAUAGUACUUUUUACUGUUAAUAUAAUUUAUGUAAAACUAUGUGUAAACAAACAAUGUACACUUACUGAUAAGUUAUGUUUUUGUUGAUUAGUUAGUAAGAAUAAUGGAUGGCUCAAUAAAAAUAUUUUUGAUUUUGAUUUUGAAAUAUUUUUAGAUGCCGGCCAAGUUAUACAAAUUGAAUGCAAGCCCACCAGCCCGCGCAGCUAUGAUGGCGUGCGAAAUUUUCAAAGUACCGGUGGAGAUGGUCAACGUAGAUUUUGUGAAGGGAGAGACUCUCACACCGGAGUAUUUGAAGAUGAACCCUCUCCACACAAUUCCCGUGUUUGCUGAUGGGGAUCUUGUAAUUCAUAAUAGCCACGCCAUAUUGAUCUACCUGGCAGAAGUAUAUGGCAAAGAUUCUUCUUUUUAUCCUAAAGAUGUCAAGCAACGAGCACUCAUCAACCAAAAAUUGUUCUUCGAUGAUGGUGUUUUGUUUGCGAAGUUGCGCAACAUUACGUACCCAGCAUUUGCGCUCGGUCAAAGAGGACUGACGGAGCAGCAGCUUAAGGAUUUGGAAGAAUGCUAUGAAUUCUUGGAAGAAAUAUUGUCCCGACAGAAGUAUAUAGCUUUGGACCACAUAACUAUUGCCGAUGUGGCCGCUUACGCGACAGUUUUUGUGUUAGAUUACAUACUUCCUUUAAACGCUAAGUACUCCAAACUAUCAGCUUGGCUAAAAGAAAUGGAUAAACAACCUUACGCUGUUAAACAUAAGGCAGAGGGUCUAAACAUGCUUGCUACUUAUAUUAAUUCUCCUGUUAAUUCCAAGUAAUACGCAUCCUUAACAACGAAUGCUAACUAAUUACAUGACAGAACUAAUAAAACAUUUUACUUUUU